AUCCAAUAACCCCCCUCAUCUUCAUAUUCUUAUUGUUCUUUGUUCUUUGCUUCUUACACUCAUUCACCUUUGCCCACACUAAAAGGAACACUUCCGUUCCUAAGAUUACAUUCCAUAGCUCUCUUGAAUUGCAUUAUCGUGGUACAAAAAUGUCGGUUCAACAAGCGGAUCAAACCCCGCUAGUUUAUCCGGUUUCUGAAAUCAGCCCGCCAUCACACCACCAGUCUGAUGGUUCAUUUGGGGCAGUUUUCAUAGUUCUGGCAGUUAUAGUUGUGGUAUCGGCGAUUGCUUGCUUUCUUGGUCGGAUGUGUAGUAAGCGUCAAAACAAGUCGAAACCAUCUAAGCAUAGCCGCACGCCUAAAGAGAAAGAUAUGAAGCAUAACCGUAAUGCUUUCCAGACUAAAGAUGGUGAUAUAGAGUUUGGUUUUGAUAAAAGGUUUUCAAGUGCCAAGGUGGCUUCUAAUGGUGAACCAAACAUGGGCAGGCCCAACUCGUUUCGUGAACAGAACAUGGGUCCACAUAUGGGUAGGCCUAAUUCAUUCAAGGAAGCAUCUAUGGGCAGGCCUGACUCGUUCCGUGAGCCACCUAUGGGACGGCCAGACUCAUUCAGGGAACCAUCUAUGGGAAGGCCAAACUCCUUUCGGAAGGGUGAAUUUAGAGACGAGCAAGUGAGGUUUGCUGGAAACCAAGAUCAUGAAAUGAAUUUCAGAUCUGGUACAGGACCACAACAUUAUUGAAUGUAGAAAGUACCUUGUUGUAACUUGUAAGAUACAUUUGGCCAAAGAUUGGCUCAGUAGAUGUUUUUUAAUGGUGGUUGUUAUUUCAUGUCUAUUCAUCCUGAAUUAUGGGAUUAAUUAUGAAGUGCUUAUGGAUGUAAUAUCUUCAAUCUAUGAAGGCUUAAAUUCAAGUCAUUCUUUUCUC